AUGUGGAUCUUUGGAUCUGAAUGUUUUGCUUACGAACAGGAGCAUAAGAAAUUAGACUCAAGAUGCAGCAAGGGGGUAUUUGUGGGAUACGACAAAAAUAGCCCUUCUUACCUAGUGUACUACCCAAAAAAAAAUGGGAAAAUCAUGAAACAUCGACUCAUUAGAUUCAUCAAGAAAUGUAGUGUAGAACAGCACACACAAACUGAUGAGUCCAGCAGGGAUUGUGAUGUACAUGAGAAAUCUGAUCAUGAUACUAGAUCAGACUUAGAUAGUAUGAGCCUCCCUGUUUUAAGUGCAAUGCCGCCAAAUACAGUGCCUGAUGAGGAGCCUAGGGAUAGUGAGGGAAGGCAUUGCAACCAUACUGAGAAUGACAGUGAGACAAAACGGUAUCCUCAAAGAGAAAGGGACCCUCCCAGAUACUUAGAAGAGGACACUCUCCUCCCUAAGAAUGCCGAUUGUGCCCACAUUAGUGUAGAUUACUGCUACAAAGUUUGUGGAUUACCACAAAAUUACACAGAAGCCAUGGGAUCACCUCAAGCUAGGGAGUGGGAGCAAGCAAUGAAGGAAGAGAUCAGCUCUCUGAAGGAAAAUGAUACUUACGAAUUAUCAACUUUACCAGAAGGUAAAGCUUCAGUAGGGGGGAAAUGGGUGUACACAACCAAACAAGACCAGAAUGGCAUAGAGUCCUUUAAGGCCAGAUAUGUAGCGAAGGGUUACAGCCAGGUAAAGGGUAUAGAUUAUCAAGAAACUUUCGCCCCGACAGCCAGUAUUACUUCAAUUAGGGUCUUAAUGCAGUUAGCAGUAAAACAUGAUCUUAUUGGCCACCAGAUGGACGUUAAAACUGCAUAUCUGCAUGCCCCCAUUACUCAAGAGUUAUACAUAGACCAGCCACAAGGGUUUGAAGAGGUUUCAGAGAGUGGUGAGAGGUUAGUAUAUAGGCUAAAGAAAUCGCUAUAUGGUCUAAAACAAUCAGGUAGAAAUUGAAACAUAUUGUUACACGAGCAUUUAGCAAAUGACGGUUUUGUCAGAAACCAUGCUGAUCACUGUGUAUAUAAGAAACAAGUUGAUGAUAAAAUUGUUAUCGUCAUUGUUUGGGUUGAUGACCUAAUCAUAGCUUCAGAUAGUAUGCAGUUAAUGGAAGAAUUUAAAGAAAGUAUGAAGACACAAUUUAAGAUGAAAGAUCUAGGUAGAAUCACUUUCUUCCUUGGAAUGGAUUUUAAGCAAAGCAAGGGUGAAAUAAAAAUUAAUCAGAAAAGAUUCAUUCUUAAAAUACUAGAGAGAUUUGGAAUGAUAGACUGCAAGCCCAGGUUAACCCCAUGUGAGCAACGAUUAGAAUUUAACUGUGGUGAAUUGACCAACGCCAGACAGUAUAGAGAAAUGAUAGGAAGCCUAAUUUAUGCCAUGACCUGUACAAGGCCUGAUUUAAGUUGGAUUGUAAGCAGACUGUCUCAAACUCUGUCAAACCCCAGAACGGGAGAUUUAAUUGCUGCCAAACAUGUCCUAAGGUAUCUAAAGGGUACCGUGGAUUAUGAACUCUGCUUUAAGAAAUCUGAUGCUGACUUGCAGCUCACUGCUUAUAGUGAUUCAGAUUGGGCCUCUUGCCUGGAAGACAGGCGAAGUACUACAGGUUACUGUUGUACUCUAACUGAAGGAGGACCACUGAUUUCAUGGAAGUCGAGAAAGCAACCAACGGUUGCCAUUUCCACUUGCGAAGCUGAAUAUGUAGCUUUAGCAAAUACAGCUCAAGAGUGUUUGUAUCUAACUCAAUUGUUAAACGGUAUGUAUAAGAAAGUACAUCAGAGUAUGAAGGUAAGUGUUGAUAACCAAGGGGCAAUUGCACUAAGUAAGAACCCAGUUAACAGACAACGUUCUAAGCAUAUUGACAUAAAGUACCACUUUGUACGUGAAAUGUAUGUUAAAGGCAUGAUCGAUAUUGUAUAUUGUCCUACCCAAGAUAUGGUAGCUGAUAUCCUAACAAAGCCACCCACAAAAUGUAAACUAGAUAAUUUUAAAAGUAUCGUGUUCGGUUGUGGUAAUUAG